AUGACAUCGUCAAUGCACCAACAUCAACAACAACAACAACAACAACAACAACAGCAGCAGCAGCAGUAUCAGUCCGAGAGUUUGUACUUCUACCAGCCCCCUCACGACGGCAACACAGGCAUUGGUUACUACGACCCCAGCGCACUGCAGCAGCAGCAGCAGCAGCAGCAGCCACCUAGCGGCGGGNGCGGCGGGUACCACCAAGCCGGUGCGAGCCAAUUCUUUGUUGGCGAGGAGGAUACGCACAGCACGCAUGACUAUCAACAACAAUACCAUCAGCAACCACAACAGCAGCUUCCAUAUGUGCACGCGACUAAGAUAGGUGUCGGAACACCAACCAUCUCUCGGACGACGUCCUGCACAUCGCCUAGAAAAUUCACCGGGGGUUCAGGUUCCCAUAGUAUGCACAGCAGUCCCUUUCAAUCUAACAACGCCGUGCAUAUGCCGCCGCUUCCGCCAAGCUCACGUCCAUUUGUGCAGAUGCCGCCGCCGUCGUCGUCGUCUUCCGUCACGGUGAUAACUCCACAGGCCCCGGUAUUCCGCGACUAUUCGCCACAGCCUCCACAAAUGCCGCCUCAGCAACAGCUGCCAUAUCAGCAUGNCAGGCCCCGGUAUUCCGCGACUAUUCGCCACAGCCUCCACAAAUGCCGCCUCAGCAACAGCUGCCAUAUCAGCAUGCUCCCUCGCCUGUAG